UGUGUCAACAGUCAAGGCUGCUUUCACUUGCAGUGUCGAAUAUUGAAUAGUCAGUGAACGUGGCGGCCUUAUGCAAUCUACGCUUGUAUUAGGUUAUUGACUAAUACAUCGGUAAAACUGAGUCGAUAGUUGAGCACAAAUUGCAGUGUCACUGCUGAAGUAUCUUUCGGCGAACCUUCUCGACAGCUGAUCACCCUCGGAGGGGGUGACUCGACGGAAAUCCCAUUGCUAGGAGGGUCUGCGUCGGCCGGUAGUGGAAUGUAAACAUCCACCCAGUUAUAGACUGAACUGGGACGAGGACUUCGUACACCGCCCGUAGCAGGCAGUAACACAACGCCGGCAUUGAACCGCUUUGUUGACUGACUAUUUGCAAAAUGCCUGCCGUUGGGGGUUUGAAAAUAACGAAGAGAAGAACGGAGGACAUCAGCCCCGUCAACUUCUCCAUCAAUGGAAAACCAUACACAGUGAAUGGCGAAUAUGACCUGACGACGUCCCUCAACGACUACAUCCGCGAGGGCGCGAGUCUGAAGGGAACCAAGGUGAUGUGUAAGGAGGGAGGGUGUGGUUGCUGUGCCGUCACCGUCACCAAACCAGACCCCAGCACCGGGAAGGACACGUCAUUUUCUAUCAACUCCUGCCUGUGCCCCCUGUACAGUGUGGACGGCUGGAGCAUCACCACGACCGAGGGACUCGGGAACUCCAGGGAUGGAUUCCACCCAAUACAAAAGAGAAUCGCAGAGUUCAACGGCACUCAGUGUGGCUACUGUACUCCAGGGAUGGUCAUGAACAUGUAUGGAAUUUUACAAAAGAACGCUACUCCGACCGAGGCGGAAAUCGAAGACCAGUUUGGCGGCAACAUCUGUCGGUGUACCGGAUACAGACCCAUCCUCGACGCCAUGAAAUCCUUUGCGAAAGACUCCACCAUACCCGGCGCAUCAUGCAUUGACAUUGAGGAUUUGAAGAUAUGCCCUCGAACUGGAAAAUCGUGUGAAGGACAUGGUGACUCCUCCAACGGAUCAUCUGCUAACGGAAGUUCCGCUAAUGGCUCCAGUGCUAACGGAUCCGCAGAUAGUGUCGGUUUCCUGGUCAAGACGGGUGGAAAGAGUUGGUACCGACCUCAGACUCUCAAAAACCUGGUCCGUAUUCUUCAAACCAACAAAGGGUCACAGGUUCGACUUGUACAUGGAAACACAGCGUCGGGUAUAUUUAAAAACGAGGGGCCGUUCGACGUGUUUGUGGACUUGCAUGACAUCAAAGAGCUGUACAAGAUUGAGUUGUCUGCAAACAGCGUCCGAUUCGGGGCUGGUCUGUCUAUCUCCGCCCUCAUCGACGCCCUGCAGGAGAGGGCGGAGGACAAGGGCUACAGCUACUUCAACGGCAUCGCAAGCCACCUCCUCAAGAUCGGCAACGUCCUCGUCAGAAAUGCUGGGUCAUGGGCUGGGAAUCUGAUGAUCAAGAACGCCCACCCCGACUUCCCCUCCGAUGUCUUCACCCCCAUGGAGGCCGCAGGGGCAAAGAUUUUCGUCCUAGACAGCAAGGAUGGUAGUGUCAAGUCUCACACGCUGGCCAGCCUGGCCCUGAACCUGGACAUGACGGGGAAGAUCAUCACAUCCAUUGAGUUAUUCAAGCAGCUUGACAAAUACAGGUUCCGGUCUUACAAAGUCAUGCCGAGAUCACAGAAUGCACACGCCUAUGUGAACGCUGCCUUCCGGGUCACUAUCGAGCCAACAAAGUUCCAAGUACUGGGAAAACCUUCCCUUGUGUAUGGCGGAAUUGAUAAAAAGACGAUCCACGCUACAAAGACAGAGGAGUUCCUUACAGGAAAGACCCUCACGGACCCUGCAGUCCUACGCGGUGCGCUGGAUUCUCUGAAAUCAGAGUUGAACCCCGAAUACGAGGCAGUGCUAGCAAGCGUCGAGUUCCGGAGAAAGCUGGCCGUCAGUCUCUUCUACAAGUUCAUCCUCAACAUCUGCGAGUCCAAGACCUCUUCGGUGCAGUCCGGGGGAGUUCCUCUGGAGCGUCCACCUUCCAAGGGGGAGAGAGAUUUCCCAGAGCAAAAGGCGGAAUGGCCUCUGAAACAACCAAUGCCCAAAAUUGCUGCCCCAUUUCAGGCUUCUGGCGAGGCGGAGUUCAUCAAUGAUAUGCCGUCCUCGUCAAAAGAGUUGUCUGGAGCAUUCGUCCUGACCUCUAUUGGCCGGGGAACUAUUGACCACAUCGAUCCUUCGGAAGCAUUGCUGAUGCCUGGAGUUUUUGACUUCCUCACUGCCAAAGACGUAGUCGAGAACAACGCAAUGCCAAACAUCCCCGGCAUGCAGUUCCUCCCAGAAGAGCUCUUUUGCAGUGGAGACGUGAAAUACUCAGGGCAAUCGGUGGGAUUCGUUAUUGCGGAAUCUCAAACUUUGGCCGAUGCAGCUGCUGACAAGGUGAAGGUCACGUACAAGGACGUCAGACCCGCCAUUGUGACUAUCGAAGACGCCAUUAGAGAGGAGAGUUACCAUGCCAACCCUUUUUUAGAUCAUAAAAAUGGAGAGCCGGAGGAUGCUUUGGGCAAUGCUUCUCGCAAACUUAAGGGAGAAUGCAGACAAGGUGGCCUUUAUCAUUUCUACAUGGAAAAUAACGUGGCGCUCGCAGUUCCUGCUGAAGACCGCCUUGACGUGUACAGUUCCUGUCAGGGUACCGACCUCGUUCAUGCAGGCGUUGCCAUGGCUCUAGACAAACCACUCAACUAUUUCAACGUGUACACCCCCCGAGUUGGCGGGGCUUUCGGAGGUAAAGCUCUUUCCAGCAUCCCAGUUGCUGCAGCGGUUGCUGUGGGGGCUUAUAAACACAACAGGCCGGUGAAAUCUAAUGUCAGUUUAUCGACUUCCAUGAGAAUGAAUGGGAAAAGACCUCCUCUUUGGGCGAAGUAUGAGGUUGGAUUCGACGACAGCGGCAGAAUCAACGUCAUCAGCUUUGAAAUUUACAUUAAUGGUGGAUACUCUGCAAACUUUGCCAUCAUAUAUCAUGAAAUAUUGACUCAUCUUGACGGGGCUUACCAUGUCCCCAACUGGAGAGUGAAAAUCAUCCUGUGUAAAACCAACAAAGCGCCCGGACAUCCAAUGCGUGGACCAGGCCCCUACCCAGCGGGGUUCCUUAUCGAGUCCGUGUUGGAAAAUGUGGCGAAGGCUCUCGGAAAGGUUGCAGCUGAUGUAAAGGAAGUCAACCUUUACAAAGAAGGACAGACUGACAUACUUGGCCACGAGUUAAAGGACUGCACGAUUGGUAAAUUGUGGCAACAGCUGAGACAAGCAUCCGAGUUUGACAAACGACGGGCAGGGGUCGACACCUUCAACAAGGCAAACCGCUGGAAGAAACGCGGCAUCACAAUGACACCGGUCAAAUACGGGUUCUUCUACAUGGGAGCCGGCUUCACCGUAGACGUUGCCAUCUACAGCAGGGACGGCACCGUCACCGUCAGCCAGGGAGGUGUCGAGAUGGGACAGGGACUAUACACAAAGGUCCUGCAGGCUGUGGCCAGCACCCUGGGAAUACCCCUCAGCAUGGUCCGAAUGCGACAUGUCAACUCACACGUAUCCCCGAACAACACCGUCUCGGGUGGGAGCGUCAGCAGCGAGCACGCCGUUCAGUCCGCAUUUAGCUGUUGUGAGAUACUGAAUGAGAGGCUGGCGCCAUUCCGGACCAAACAUCCCGACUACGACUGGAAGAACCUCGUCGAAGUGGCCAACAUCUCCGGCACCGACCUGUCUGCCAAGCACAAGUGGGUACCAAAGAAGCACGACGGCCCCGGGAUGUUCCAAUACUUCUCCUACUCGGCGGCAGUCACGGAAGUGGAGCUGGAUGUUCUCACUGGCGAGAGUCAGAUACGGCGGGUGGACAUCCUGUUUGACUGCGGCGAAAGUCUGAACCCGACCAUUGACAUCGGUCAGAUUGAAGGCGCAUACCUCAUGGGUGUGGGCGGCUUCAUGUUUGAGGAGCUCAAGUACGACGCGGAGACGGGGGCUGUGCUGAACGAUGGCACCUGGGAAUACAAACCACCACUGGCAAAAGACGUCCCUAUAGACUGGAGGGUGAAGCUGCUGGCAGAAACUCGUAACCCGCUCGGGAUCAGAGGAUCGAAAGCGUCUGGUGAACCCCCCAUUGUGCUGUCCUCCGGGGUGUACUACUCCCUCAAACAGGCCAUGGAGGCAGCCAGUCUCGACGUUACUGGCUCCGGAGACUUCCAGAAGUCAGUUGCACCGUUGACGGUGGAGAGGCUCCGCCUCGGGUGCGGCUUCAACAUCGACAAGAUGACGCUGUAGGUGGGAGACACAAUUCAACCAAGGAAACCUUUCACUAAGAGAAAGUACUCUGACUCGUCUCUCUGUCAUGUUACAGGACACACCGUCCUAGACAAUCGAUGCAAGUUUGGCAUAAUAUUAGAGUUAUGGACGAUAGGUAAAAAUCGUCAUUCGACGAGUUCAUUGUUUGUUGAAAGCCUACAUUUUUGCGCUUAGUUUGUUAUGUUUAUAAUAAUAAAAUAGUUUCACAAAUUUCACAAAUUUCUUAAAUACAUGUUAUGUUGUAAUGAUUUGUUUUCUUUCUAUUCUAUAUAUUAGUUAUUGAGGUUAUGAAAAUGUCAUGGAUAAUAUUGCUAUUCGUUCAACUACACAUACAGUCACUCUACGACACAGUUUACACUAGCCUCACGAUGUGCACGCGUAAUGGCAAUUCCUCCGGACAAGUAUGCAUCAGCACUAAAUUUCCUUUAAAAUCUGCAUGUUCAAAAAUCACAAAUGUUAAACCAUUUCAAAGAGCUGAAACAAAUACAUUAUUAAAAUUGUAAAAUUUACAGAUUUGAAAGAACAAUGGCAUUGCACAAAAUGCUGUACCAGCUUUAGCUUGUAGUAACGGCAUUUUCUGGUAGCGUUAGAAUAGUCAAUUUGUAUUUAUUUAGGAAACGAGUAAGUUUUAUGUUCAAUGGGUAUUGACAGAUGUGCCAUUGCACUGGCAAGUUGAGAGCCGUUACUAAUGAGAUUGGCCAACAGUCAAAGUGGUUUCUUGUAUAGUGUACGGUGAAGUGGAACCAGACCCGUUCUCCUUGACUAUGACAUUUUCAUUUGUGUACAUGCUUGCAUAAUUUUUUUGCAGUUGAUCGCGUUAUCCUUCUGUUUGGAUUUGAAUGCAACCGAUAUAUAUAUAGCAAUACUCGUUAAAUGUAUGGUUUAAAAUUUCCAAAAUAAUUUACAUGACGUAAAUUGAGGACAAUUUGGGAUUGGUUGAGAUACCAAGUCUUGAUAAUGAAUGAUACAUCCCCCACUGUAUUGAUUUUAUAAAGUUUAGCAGUAUAUUCAAGAAUAAUUUGUUAUUGACCGUUUCUGUUAUACAUGAUUAUGUUUGUCAACAUCCUUAUAUAGAAAUAAAUAUUUAUCAAUAAAAA